CCCAGCGGCGGACUGAGCGCCGGGCCGUCCGCAGCCGCAGGGCCCAGCGGAACCGGAACCGCCGAGCGGAACCGAAAGCGGACGGACCCGCCGACGCUUCCUCCGCCGGAGCACCGAGCCGCCGCCGGGCAACUGCCUCCGUUUCAAUCGAGGGAACCUUUAAGUGAAACUUGCUUAAAAGCUGAGCUCGGACACAGAAGAGAGACCGCAGUCGACACUGAAGAGGAAGAGAAGGAUGCUGUCCUUGAACAACCUACAGAAUGCCAUCUGCAACCCGAUAAUCCCCUACGUGGGGACCAUCCCUGAGCAGCUGGAUCCCGGAACUCUGAUCGUGAUCCGCGGGCACGUCCCCGGGGACUCGGACAGGUUCCAGGUGGACCUGCAGAGCGGCAGCAGCGUGAACCCCCGGGCGGACGUCAUCUUCCACUUCAACCCGCGCUUCAAGAGGACCAACUGCAUCGUCUGCAACACCCUCAAGAACGAGAAGUGGGGGCGGGAGGAGAUCACCUACGACAUGCCCUUCGGGAAGGAGAAGUCCUUCGAGAUCGUCAUGAUGGUGCUCAAGGACAAGUUCCAGGUGGCCGUCAACGGGAAGCACACGCUGCUGUACGCGCACAGGGUCAGCCCCGAGAAGAUCGACACGCUGGGCAUCUCGGGCAAAGUGCGCAUCCAUUCGGUCGGCUUCAGCUUCAGCUCGGACUUACGGAGUGCCCAGGCACCCACUCUGGAGGUGGCCGUUCUGAAUGGAGAAGAUGUACCAAACGCCGGCAUGUCACAAUUUCCUAGUAAUAGAGGCGACACUGGUAAAAUCGCACCCAGAACUGUCUACACCAAGAGCAAAGGUCCGGCUGCCCAUCACACUUUGACUUGCGCCAAAAUACUACCUAUCAACUGUUUGUCAAAGACUCUGCCUUUCGUGGCGAGGUUGAACACCUCCAUGGGCCCCGGGCGGACCGUCGUCAUUAAAGGAGAAGUGAACGCGAAGGCCAAAGGCUUUAAUGUGGACCUGAUAUCAGGAAAAUCCAAGGAUAUUGCUCUCCACCUGAACCCACGCCUGAACAGUAAAGCAUUUGUAAGGAAUUCCUUCCUUCAGGAGUCCUGGGGAGAAGAGGAGAGAAACAUUACCUGUUUUCCGUUCAGUCCUGGGAUGUACUUUGAGAUGAUCAUUUAUUGCGACGUGAAGGAGUUCAAGGUGGCGGUGAACGGCGUCCACAGCCUGGAGUACAAGCACAGGUUUAAGGAGCUGCCCAGUAUCGACACCCUGGAGAUCGAUGGAGACAUCCAGCUGCUGGAAGUGAGGAGCUGGUAGCUGACGCCACCACAAAAACUGAAAUACAGAUGGCUCACGUGACACUGGCCUCGUGACAAUGCAUCGCACGACCACACUACCUGUGUACAUAGAUAGGAUGAGCUUCCGCAGCGUUUAGUCCCAGUGUUCUGACCUGUCGCGCAGGUGGCUUCUAGCGCAGGAGGAAGUUAGAGGCGGCAGCAGCCUAUGUGUUAUUCAGGCUCCCUGCUCCCCCCCCUCCCCCCUCCACCCACCCAGCCUCUUGUUUGUAACCCGCUUCGGUCACCAGGCACUGGUGAGGGGCCUGCUCUCAGCAGCAGCAAAUGCAUCAAGUGCUGCCUUUGCGGGCCAUGUGCUGGGAGCUGGGAUGGAUGCCCAGUGGUGCCCACUGCCAUGUUCCUUAGGCUCUGCUAUGUCAGCCCUGGUGCCUCUGCAGGUCAGAUACACCCACCAGGGCCUUUGAUGACUCAGCUAGUAAACCACCUAAGACAUUAAUUUGUAGGAGACACUACCACAGCCCCAGGGACCACAUUCUUAAAGAGCCUUCUCUCAUCCCCGCAGCUAGGGAGUUGAUACCGAUUGACACCUGGCAGUUCCCUUUAACACAAUAAACACCUGACUGUAAGCGCUACCAGAUCAUUAACACUAGGACAUGGACACAGCACAGAGAUUAAGGCAACAAAACGAAGCAAAACCAACAAAAAAUGAACGGUGUUGAAAUUCACUUGAUGUCAAUCAGAAUACAUCUGUACCAGUGAGUGGGUAUAUUUUUUUAUGAAUUUAGGGUGAGAGAAAGAUCUGCACAUACCUGUACAGAGAGUUUAAGGUAGAAGUGAGCGGAAUUCAAUUAAUUGGCAGGUGUUUCUGGGUAACAAAGUGUAGUCAAGAAUGAUUUAAUGUUUAUCAAACAGGCCCUACCAGAAAGUGAGCUACAGCAAGAGACCAAAGUAGAGGGGCAAUAAACGCCUGCUGGUUGUCCGCAUGCCAAGUGGCAUUGCCUCUGCUUUUCCAAAGAUGAGUCCGUCAUUAGGCCGAGAUCAAAACAUUGUUCUACCUAAGCGAUUAAAUCAAACCUGUAUCAGCAAGUUCAAGUGUUGCAUUUCUGUAAUUUUUUCUGUUAUUCUUUGAAACGAGUUGGCAGAAUCCUCUGCAGAAUUCUCACAUGCCAGGUCUUGUUACAGGAAAUUUAAAAGGCUCGGGAGCGGGGAGGUAAAAACUGCUGAGCUGGAUUCUGCCAGGAUUUAGGAGUAUUUUCAUAACAGAUACUCGUUAUUUUUUUUAACACCCUUAUACCAAAAAGAAUACUACAAUGUAGAAACUUCUAGCAUUCUUUCCAACAUUUUCCUAUUUAUUAUGCCGAGUUUUGCCAAACUCAAAAUAAAUUAAAAAACAAAACAAAACAUUGGUGGGGGCGUGCGGGCAAGAAGGCUCUAGAAUCUCAGGGUUAUUUUGUUCUUCCUCAAAGAUUGCAUGACUGAGAUUUUGCUCUAAGUCCAAUAGUUCAUUUUCAUUUUACAUGGAGAUUGUGAAACAAAGGACUGAUUCUUUGACAGGAUACAAAAUAUUUAGAUGUUUUGAAAUGAAGCUAUUAGCAUUUAUGACUGAGUGUAAGACUUUUCUUAAAGAGAAUAUCUUUACAGCAUGUCAGCCUUUUGCUUGUGACAACUCUGUCACUGUGACAUCACAUUAAAAAAAAAAUCCGGUUCUUUCUCAUACAAGUGACUCUUGGUCACCACCUGUGGGAAACGGGGCCUCCUACUCCCUGGGAAAGGGGAUCGGGAAGGGAAGGGGGAGUGGCUUCCAGCUGGUGGGUUUGCCAGGUGUAGCUGUUUCAUAAACAGCCUGUAGCCGCCACCCCCCACCAAAGGCCGAAUGAUAAAGGAGAUGGAUCGUUGUCCUGAGUGGAAAGUACAUUCUACAACGACUGCCCUCUAUGGGCACACA